AUGGGCAAGAUCAAAGUCGCCGCCCACGUCGACCGCAUCUACGAGGUCGAAAUCGGCCUGAAACCUCCAGCUCGCCAAAAAGACACCAAAUUCACCCUGCACAGCGACGGCUCGCAUUCCCACCGUCUUUACGACGGCCGCCGGCAUGAUGGCCUCUUGGACCUCUUGCAGGACAAGCUCAAGGCGAUGCAGGAUCUCAAAGAGAAAGCAGAAGAUGACGAUACGCUACCCUUGCUCCGGCUUGAGUCAUCUCUUCUACCCAAAACCCCUUCUAUUCCUACUCCAAAACGAACAAAACUCGAGCAGCUCCCACUCACCAAGCGAUACGGCACAUACAAAGAACAAAUCGGCCGGGGCUCGUCGGGCAUCGUCCGCGUCAGUUUCCUGCCUCACUCGACCGAACACCCAACCGGCGGCCAGCUCUUCGCCGUGAAGAAAUUCGCGCAGCGCCAGAAGGAGUCAACCAAAAAAUACAUGAAACGGCUCGGUGCCGAAUUUUGUAUCUCGUCCAGUCUGCACCAUACCAAUGUGAUCCGCACGCUCGAUUUGAUCCAAGACGAUGAAAGCAGCGACGGGUUCUGCCAGAUUAUGGAGUACUGUUCCGGCGGCGACGUGUACACGCGAGUACGCUCGAUCGGUGGGAGUCGUGGUCUCUGUGCGGACGAGGCAGAUUGCUACUUCAAACAGCUGCUGCGUGGGAUUGAGUAUCUGCACAAAACGGGGGUCGCGCAUCGCGACCUCAAACCAGACAACCUGCUGCUCACGCGGCGCGGGUGUCUGAAAAUCGCCGAUUUUGGGAACGCUGAAUGCAUUCGGCUGCCGUGGGAGAAGCAGGUCAGGUUGACUACGGGGUUGUGUGGCUCGUUUCCGUAUAUCAGUCCGGAGCAGUAUGUUGUGCUUGAAUACAAAAAGAAGAUGGCUGCCUAUUAUUUCGAUGCCAGGGCUGCAGAUGUGUGGUCCGCUGGCGUGGUGUACAUGGACAUGAGGACGGGGAAACACGUGUGGCGAUACGCCAUGGCCGAGAAGGAUGUUUUAUAUGAGGAGUUCGAGCGAGAGAUACGACAGGCUGGGACGUGGCAGUCUAUCGAGCGUUUGCGGGGGGCUGCCUGUCGCAAGACCAUCUAUGCCAUGCUCAACACCGACUGGAAGAAACGGCCGAGUGCAGCAGAUAUACUAAAGUCGGAGUGGAUAGACAGUAUUCAUGUCUGCGCAGCGGGCGAGACGGGUGAUUCUUUUAAAAUGGCAUUCCAACAAAUGAAAAACCCAUCGUGGUUUCUGGCCGGCCCUCACUCGGCCAGCAUCAAAGACCACCUCCCGGCCGACAACGACAUCCCCCAGAUCCAAGACGCGCACGACGUGUUGAUCCGCAUAUCAUAUGUUGGUGUGUGUGGCAGCGAUGUGCACUUCUGGAACCACGGCGGCAUCCAGACGUUCGUCUCGCCCGUCUCCCAACUAAUUCUCGGCCACGAAGCCUCAGGAACAAUCGUCGCCACAGGCUCGUCCGUCUCAACCAUCAAACCCGGCGACCGCGUCGCUAUCGAGCCCGGUUUACCCUGUCGUCGAUGCGCAUACUGCAAGUCUGGCAAGUACAAUCUGUGCGGGCAGAUGCGGUUCGCGGCGGAUCCGAAGAGCAUGCAGCACGGCACUCUUACCAAGUUUUAUCUUGUCCCCGCGGAUUUUGUUUUUAAGUUGCCAGACGACAUGUCGCUUCAGGAGGGUGUGCUGGUCGAGCCGCUCAGCGUCGCGGUGCAUACCGUGCGCCAGCUCGGUUUUACGGCUGGUGAGGACGUGGUUGUCAUGGGCAGUGGCACGAUCGGAUUACUUUGUGCGCGUGUGGCUCGAGCUUUUGGCGCGGCCAGAAUUGUUUUGUGUGAUGUGUUGCAAGGCAAACUGGAUUUUGCGCGUGGGUUUGUCGAGGACUGCGAGACGUUUCUACUUAGCAGGGAAGCGAGUUCCGAAGACGAGUCGGAGCGACUGCGCAACACGAUUUUCCCUGCUUCUUCCGACGACGAUGAACAGCCUAGAGGUGUGCACAACGUGAUUGAAGCCUCUGGGGCUGCCAGCGCCGUGCAAAUCGGAAUCUACAUUCUACGGCCAGGCGGCUCGUAUAUUCAGGCCGGCAUGUCCGGACAGUCCAAGAUAGAAUUUCCAAUCAACGCGUUUAGCGCGCGCGAGCUGAAUUUGAAGGGCUGUUUCCGGUAUGGUCCGGGAGACUACGAGCUGGCGAUGAAGCUGUUGAGGACGGGCAGAGUGGCUGUUGGGGAGUUGAUCAGUUCGGUGACGCCGUUUGAGAAUGCGCCGGAGGCGUGGGAGAAGACGGGGAGGGGCGAGGGGAUUAAGAAUUUGAUUGAGGGGACAUGGCUAUUAAGUAGACGAACACCAUCCACACUUCUACCUAUCGAUACAUCUAUCCACAACAAAAUGUCCGUCCCCGACUGCUGCAUCACCGGCUUUCAAUGGCAAGGCACGCCAACUGGCCGCACCGGCCGUCUCGCCGAUAACAACACUUAUAUCGCCGGCGACAACCCAGACAUCGCCAUCCUCCUCAUCGCCGACCUCUUCGGCUGGACAUUCCCAAACAUCCGCUUGCUGGCAGACCACUACGCGCGCGAAGUCGGCGCAACAGUGUACGCGCCGGACCUUUUUGGUGGCGAGGUUCUGUCCUUUGAUCUGAUUGCCGCCGACCGAUUCGAUCAGCUUGACUUGCCCGGAUUUAUCACGCGAAACAGUCGCGAAAACCGCGAGGCCGAGAUCUUUGCGUGCGCGAGGGCGCUCAAGCAGCAGCUAGGGCUUCGCUUCGACUUGGAUAUCGAUGAAGUCGCGGUUCCCGUGCAGGUGCUCGCACCAGAGAUCGACCAAGCGUAUACGGCAGAGCUGAAGCUGCAUACGUUUGAGACGCUGCAGCGGCUGAAUGUGCCGUUUGAUUAUCAGCAUUUUCCGGGUGUGGCGCAUUCGUGUUUGGUGCGUGGCGAUGAGAAUAAGCCGGGCGAGCGCGCUGCCAUGAUCAGG